CCUCCCGAACUGUUGACCAUCUGAUCGUGACGAUGGUUCAACCUUCACUCACCCGGGCAAUCUCUCGCGGCAAUUGUAGCUGUAACCGGUUGAUAUCUAGAAGCCGAUACCAGGCUGCGACUGCUGGACAAGGCCUAGACCUAUCCUGAAUGAUUUGCAAGGCUGUUGAUCUGAAAGCUUGACGAUGGCGCUUCUCACGAAGCUAAAUGGCAAAUUCGCUAGCCUACGCACAUUGACGUUGUUGCUUAUCCUCUUCUUGGCGACAUCUCAGAUUUACUUGCUUUCGCCAUUCUUGUUCUCGGACUAUCUUGAUAUCUCAGAAGGGAGAGGUCUAUGUCAUUUGCUAUUCUUCAAUGUUGGAGUCGCUUACAUUCUCUGGACUUUCUAUCUGAUAAGCGCCAGACAUCCUGGUCAGGUCAAGCAAUCGUAUGCGCCGCCACGCUAUCCAACAACUUUACCGAGCUCUGCAAACCCAGAAGAUAUCCGCAAUCGCGCUGAAAGCCAGGGUAGUGCAAGUGCUAUCCGUUGGUGUAAACUUUGCCGCGCGUUCAGACCGCCUCGCUCCCAUCACUGCAAGCAAUGUCAAACCUGUAUUCUUCGCAUGGAUCAUCACUGUCCCUGGCUCGAUAACUGUGUUGGGUACAGCAAUCAUGCUGCUUUCAUCAAAUUCCUGCUUGCUGUAGUCAUCAUCGCGACGUAUCUCUGCUGGCAGAGCGUUCGAUGCUUUCUGUGGCUGCUUGAGCUGGAAGAUCAGCGUGGCCCACCGUACUCUGGGGUGGACGAAGAAGGUGACAUGCUAGUCCUUGUUGUCUGUGGUGUGAUUGCUGUUAUCAGUGGUCUCCUAGCUGUCAUGGUCUUCUGCCUAUGGAUCUACCAAACAUGGAAUUCCUUUGAAAACAUGACGACGAUCGAAUCAUGGUCCAACAAACGUGUCGAAGAGUUGGUACAGCGAAGAAAGGUUCCUGAGACGGCAUUUCCAUAUGACUUGCAUUCCUUCCGUCGUAAUCUGCGCAGCAUGUUUGGCCCUCGAUGGUAUUUCUGGUGGUGGCCUUCAUAUUCGGCAGCUUCAAAAGGAUACUUUGUUCUGCCCGAGCAUUUCGAGUAUGACAUACCUCCAGACAAGGAAGAGCUCUACAAGACUGGUCAUGCAUUUCCAGUCAAUGAAGAUCAUGAUCCUCAUCGACCUUGGCCUCCUGUCGACCCCACACGAGCAGUCAUUCGAUCAAGUCAGAAAACGCCGGGCUUCACAUACGGUCAAGACGCCGUCACAGAUGUGGCUGCCUUCGAGAGACGUCAAAGGGCAGCGGGCGUUCGUCAGCGUGCUUCACCAACCGUACCUACAAGUACGACGCAAGAAAGUGCUGCAGUCAAGGCUCUCAAGCAGUCUGUUCGACAGGACUUCUACAUCGACGAUCCGGAUAGUGGUGACGACCUUAUCGCAUUUGACCAGCGUGCCGGAUUGUCUGACACUGAUGACGAAGAUGAUGGCCUGAUAGAAGGAGAGGCGCUAAGGAGCUAUGGAGUUGACGAGGAUGCAGAUGCAGACAAUCUUGACGAUGUGAUUGCAGAGGAAGGUGGGCUGACAGUACAGCAAUUGCUUGAGCGACAACGCCAUGCUCAGCUUCAAUCGUCUCAAGCAUAGUCAGUAGCAUCAACAUCAAAGCGAAA